ACUUUCUGAGUGAACACGGUAUGUCUUUUGAUUCACUUGGCUUGGUUGGUCAUAGUCUGGGCGCACAUGUUGCCGGCUUCACUGGCAAGAAGGUGAGCCGUGGUAAAGUUCACACCAUUGAAGGUCUAGAUCCUGCGCUGCCUUUGUUUAACUACGAUGAAUGUUCGUCACGCCUUUGCAGCAGUGACGCCAGCUAUGUUGAGUCGAUUCAAACUGACGGUGGUAAAUUGGGCUUUCUACGUCCCAUCGGUAAGGCGGCAUUCUAUCCAAAUGGCGGUAAGAGUCAACCGGGCUGCGGGGUCGAUUUAACUGGCGGUUGCGCUCACGAACGCGCUGUACUCUACUACGCUGAAGCUAUUAUUGAGAACAACUUCCCAAGUAUGAAGUGCGGUGAUUACGAAGAUGCUGUGGAUAAGAGCUGUGGUAACACUUAUAGUGCAGUCCGUAUGGGUGCAGAAUCGAACUUUGGCAUAAGUGGCACGUACUAUGUGCCGGUCAAGAGCUCUGAACCUUACGGUUAUGGAUCAUAGGAAAUCGAGUUUAUGAAUAAAGAAAUAUAAUGAUGA